CUCACGAAAGGAGAGGUUCGUAGGGCAUAUUGCCCCUGAUUUCCCAAGAAAAAGAUUUUCUUGAAAAGUGCCACUGAAUGAUAAUAAUGUCACGACUUCAAUCGAGCUCGUGCCAAGAAAAUUUCUUGGGAAAAGGAAAGUGUUGUAACGGGAAAAAACAAAAAAUCUUAGCCUAUAAAGGUAAAAGCAGUUUGAACCCGAAUGAACAAUAGACAGGCAAUAACAACUCUCUAGAUCUAGGCCUAUAUGACGCAGUUUACUGUUACUCGUUUCCAUUUUCAGUUGAAGUCGCGGAUAAAAGCUCAACUGUUAUCGCCGUGUAUCUACUUGUAGAGAGCAGAUAAACUCCACAACUGCACCAGUGGGCCAAGGGCAAAGCAGGCCAUUGCCAUUGCACAAACAAAGGUGUCGACACCUCUUCCUUCCUCCACGGCUGGUCAGGCACUUGUGCGAAGAACUGUGAAGCAGAAAUUCCAUUGUCAUCAGACUAUCCCCUGUUGAAUGAUGGAGCUACAUCCACAGUUAGUACUGUCAUCUGACGUUCAAGAUGCUUCUUUUGAUGCAGUUGUUGUGGUCACAGACACUACUUCAAAGCUAACUGGGCCGUUGUCAGCCAUCAAGGAAGUAAUUGACCGGGCAGCUGCGGUAGACAAUGGGAUUGAAAAGCAGCCUGUCCUUUUGAUUGCAGAAUGUGUUCCCUCCAAACGAUUGAUUUAUGCUGCUACAGGCCCAGUGAAUCGAGAUCAGGAUGAUGUCAGGCGCUUUGCAGAUGCUGCAGGGGCUGGCAUUCAGCGUGCCAUCAGUGCUGGCUGCAAACAGCCACUUCUCAUCACAGUGGAGAGUGACCUCUACGACCGUGCUGUUCUUGUGGCUGUUCUUGGCACUCUUCAGAAAGCAUACCUGCCUUUAGAGUUGAGUGAAGCUGGAAAGCCCCCCAAGCUUUCUAGACUUGGAAUUUGGACCAGCAAUAACAGCUUUAGUACCAAGGAUGUGGACCUGGCAGCAGCCUUUGAGAAAGGAAGAGCUGUUGCAAGGGACAUUGGAGGCUCAGAUCCAGAGAGAAUGGCUGCUCCGAGAGUGGAAGAAUACUUGCGCCAAAUAUUUAAGGACUCCUGUGUUGAGAUGGAUGUGAUUUCAGAUGUGACCACUUUGAACAAAGACUUCCCCCUGCUUGGGGCUGUGAACAGGGCCGCAAAUGGUGUUGAUCGUCACAAAGGAAGACUCAUAUUUUUGGAGUACAAAGGCAAGGGAGAAAUCUCCAAGACUUUGUUUCUUGUUGGGAAGGGUAUCACAUACGAUACUGGCGGUGCGGACAUCAAGGCUGGGGGUAUCAUGGCUGGAAUGCACAGAGACAAGUGUGGGGCUGCGGCUGUGGCAGGAUUCAUGAAGGUGCUGUCUGUUCUGCAACCAGAAAAUUUGCGAGUUAUUGCUGGCUUGGCUAUGGUCCGGAACAGUGUUGGAGAAGAGAGCUACGUUGCUGAUGAAAUCAUCUGUUCUCGUGCUGGGGUCAGAAUCCGUGUUGGCAACACAGAUGCAGAAGGUCGAAUGGUCAUGUCUGAUGUCCUGUGCCGUAUGAAGGAGCUUGCCAAAGAUGCGGUGAAUCCACAGCUGUUUACAAUUGCAACCCUGACAGGCCAUGCCAUUCGUGCUAUGGGACCAAACUACUCAAUUAUCAUGGACAACGGACCAGCAAGGAUGAUGAGAAAUGCACAAAGGAUUCAGGAAACUGGCCAUAACUUUGGUGAUCCCUUCGAAAUUUCCACACUCCGACGUGAUGAUUUUGAGUUCCAUGCUGGGAAAUCGGAGUAUGAAGAUGUGCUCCAGGCCAACAACUCUCCCUCUACUAUGACCAACCGUGGACAUCAAGGACCUGGUGCUUUCCUCAUCUUGGCGUCUGGUUUGGACAAGCAUGGUGUGGACUCCCAAAAACCACUGCCUUAUUCACACCUGGACAUUGCUGGCUCAAGUGGCCCUUUCCCUGGUGUGCCAACUGGAUCCCCAAUUGUUGCUCUUGCAGCACACUUUCUGUUGCAGUAAUUUCAAUGGAAAGUGAAACACUUUUUGUAACUGGUGUUUGUUUUUUUAAAUUGUUGUUUGACUUUUCAGAAAAAAAUAUGUGCUUACAAUAGUUUUGCUUUGCAUAUUGUAGGGGUUUAGGCUUAAUAUUUUUUUUCAAAAUGUUAGAUGUCCAGCUGCUGAAGAGCUGCAGGGAUUUUUCAUUUAUGGUCGCAAUUUGUGAUAGUGUCGAACAAUGUGAUCUUUUUUCUGUUUUCUCAUUUCCUUGAAUGUUGAUGUUACAAUCAAUCAAACUGUUGAAACGCAUCUAAAAGAAAGUCCACAAGAUUUUUGCAUUCCAAUGUAUUCGAAGCAGAUAUCGAUUUAUCCAUACUCAAGAUGCUUUGGUCCGUCCUGGCAGAGCCUUUUAAGGAUGUUCCACGUUGACUAAUGUGGACGUCCCUGAAUAUUUAGGAAUUUUGUAGAGAUUGGAUGCGCAGACUGCAGUUCAACCUGCUGUGAUGGCCACCUUUCCUAGACAAUUGCCUGUUCAAAAGACCAUUUCUCAUUUCCCCAUUCAUUUUUCAAUAUUGCAAUGCUAUAAUCCAUUCCAAGGCAGCCACUUUUCUUGCCGACAACAGGUGGCUAUCCUGGACCUUUUUGACUAAACUGGGUUUUUUGUUUGUUUUUGUUUUGUUUUUUUGUUCUGUGUUUUUUUUUCUCACUUUUUUAAAUUUUAAACUUUUUUCUUUUCAAAUUCAAGACAAUUUUGUGGCAGAUAUGGCAGAGUGCACCAAGUUCUCUGCCAACUUUUUUGAGAGACAAGUCACAAAGUAGGGGACAAGAGCAGCUGCGGACAUAUAAACACUUUUACUUGAUAUUGAUAAAGUGCUCUUUUAAGUUCUGGUGUGCUUCACAUAAACAAAAUAAGGAAGUAUUGCGCAAGGCUGACCGUUUUGUUCCUGAAUCAGAGGUUGUGUCAAGGGAAGUAACUGCUCAUACAAGCAAGCCUUUUCAGGCUUCAUUGGGUUUUUUCCCCUUUAUACUUGCUUCGUGACAUGUUCAGAACAGAAUCGGAUAAACCUAUCGUUACAGUUAACAAAAUACUUGCAUUUGUCACACUUUUCUUGUAAUCGAACAUUGAGAUAUAUAUAUCCUACUUAAUUUUCAAGCCCGAUGACUUGGUUGAACAAUGGAAGUGAGUUUCACUGUUUGUGUCUUUUCUUACCACAGUUUUUAAAUACAGUCGAUCUUGAACUAACGGCAACCUGACCAAAACAAUCACCUGAACAAAAGAAGACUUAUUCCCACUUUCCCGUUUGGUUUUUUUAAUGUAUUAUAUUGACGCUAAGACAUCUACCUGUCCAACACCAUCACUUUUCUCCUCAACAAUUGUUGGCCGUCUUACACUUAGACAAUAUUAACUGUUAUUAUUAACAAUGUUAGUUAAGACAAAUGCUAUGGGGCAUAAGGAUUUUCAUUAUUAAAUAUAAUGGGUUUUUUCACAGUAUAUUUGUGUGCCAUUAUAAUGAAAUGAUAACCAUUUCGGAUUUCAAAGCAGAGUAUGGUUGAUAUUUAGUAGAACAUAUUAUGUUUAGUCUAGUUUACAUUCCUAAUUUUAGUUUUAGUGAAACGGAGUCCUGCUUUUACAUUAGGGCUGUGGCUUCUUUUUGUCUAUCAUUUCUUUCUGACUUAGAGAAGGAUUGUAAGGAAAUCUUUUGCUUUGAAGUGCUCAAAGCAAUCUUUCUUCUUUUGUUUUUCUUUAUGGAUUCAUGUAUAAUUUGAAUAUAUUGGGGGGGGGGAGUAUUUAAAAAUUUAAAAACUUUCGUUAGAAUUCCACAGAGGUGAAUAUAGCACAUUUAUUUUGCCAAGGUCAUUAAAAAAUAUUGUGUAACUGUU